UAAUUUUCUUAAAAUGACAACCAUUAAUAAAGCUACUCUUGGAGGAGGAUGUUUUUGGUGUAUAGAAGCAGUAUUCAAAAGAAUUAAAGGAGUAAAUGAAGUCUAUUCAGGUUAUGCUGGUGGUGCUAACAAAAAUACUGCUAAUUAUAAAGAUGUAUGUAGAGGAGAUAGUGGACAUGCAGAAGUUGUGUAAAUCACUUAUGAUGAAUCGAAGCUUAAAUAUUAUGAUCUUCUAACUGUGUUUUUUAAUUCUCAUGAUCCAACUACCUUAAAUCGUCAAGGUAAUGAUUAGGGACAUUAAUACAGAUCAAUUAUUUUUUAUCAUAAUGAACAAUAAAAAUUAAUAGCUAUGGAUUUAAUUAAAGAACUAUCUAAAUCCUAUAAGAAUCCUAUUGUUACAGAAAUUGUCUAAUUUUAGGAAUUUUAUAAAGCAGAGAAUUACCAUUAAAAUUAUUAUUAUAAUAAUAAAAAUGAAGGAUAUUGUAAAGUAGUGAUAAAACCAAAGUUAGAAAAAAUAGUUAAAUUAUUCAAAGACAAAUUAAAUGAGGAAAUAAAAUGA